AUGGCCCCACAGAAAGAAAAUCGAGGCGUCAACCUGCAUCAGCUGUAUCAGCCGUAUCAGAUUAAGCUCAUGUCCUUCCUUUUGCAAGUCUACGCUCCCAUAGAUAAACUCGGCCACUGCUUUCACAGAUGCCUGUACCUGUUCAUAUGCAUGUCCUGUGGGAACCAAGUGAAGUGCUUCCGAACGCAGCUGCCAAGGAUCAACCCCUUCUAUGAGUACAACCAUGUUGGUGGGUCGGGCUCGGAGGGGAGUAGCCACUCAGGCGGGGGGGACGAUCAACUCCACAGUGACGAAUGUGGCGAAGUCAGCAGUGACGAACAUGGCGAAGCCUGCAGUGACGAAUCAGGUGACGAUGACGAUGGUGAGCGUGGCGAGGAGACAGGGGAAGCCCACCCCGGGGAAGAAAUGCUCAGUGAGGUGAGAGAAUCGUCCGAGCCGGGGGAGCUCUCCACUCAGGGGAACGCGGCGGAAUGCGCAGCUAGCGAGGUGACCACGGCGCAGGGGUCAAACGGGGUUACCAAAGCGGAGGGGUCAAACCGGGUUACCGCCACGGAGGGAUCCAACAGGGUUACCGCCACGGAGGAGUCGAACGGACGAAAGAGCAAAGGAAACGCCAAGCGGAUAAACAAAGACACAGAUUACCUGACCCUGUUAAUACAAAAGGAUAAGAACAAAUUUGACGAAAAAAUGGAAUACUUUUUUUGUUGCAGUAUCUGUGGCAUACCUUGUAUGAACAAAAAGGGGAAGCACAAAGAAUGCAUGGAGAGGAGCCACGUCAUAUUUAGGGAGAAAAAAAUUUACAUAGAUGAUGAGGACGAGUGCGGGAGUAGCAGCACUGGGUCGUGGAGCUCGUCCGGGGGGGGGGCCACGGAGAGCACGGAGAGUACGGAGUGCACGGAGAGCAUGAAGGGCACGGAGAGCAUGAAGGGCAGUUAG